AUGCAUACCCUGAACAGCAACUCGUCUAGCUGCCUGCACACGCUGACUCAGGACGAAGAUUCUGUUCUUUCGUUGGCAGCGACCGAGAAGCUGUUGUUCAGCGGAGGUCAAGGUGCCCAUGGCUCGGAUAUUCAUGUCUGGGAUCUGGAGCACUUCCGUCUCAAGACCAACCUCAAGGGUCACCUCGGAAGUAUUCUCUGCCUCACCCUCCGCGACGAUGGCAAAUGGCUCUUCAGUUCCUCAGGCGACGGUACUGUCAGGGUCUGGGAUACGGAAACAUUCAAAUGCAUCUAUCAUAUUCACUCGAGCCAGGAUGUUGGAGACGUCUUCUCAAUCGUCUUUUCGUCUUCUUUGAGCACCCUGUACAUUGGCUGCCAAAACACCAGCAUCCAGUGGUUCGAUUUUUCGGAUGCCAGGCAAGACGUGCCUCACUCCCACAACAUCACUCACACUCUUCGCAGCCAUAACACGCCUCAAUUCUUUCAAGGACGAGCCAACACAAAGGAACUCGAGGAGCAGGUCACCCGAUGCAGCAUUCCCGACUCAUCCAUCUACCAAAACAGCCAUUUCGGAUAUGUCUACUGCCUCUUACUCGGGAAGGUUCCCAACGUCGAAGGUGAAAUCUUGUUCUCGGGAUCAGGCGAAGGCGACAUCAAGCUGUGGAAGUUGCAAAAGGGCAAGCCAAUUGAGCCAUGGAAGACACUGAAGGCUGGUGUGGAUGCGAGUACGCUGACACUGGCACUCCACGAUGGCUUUUUGUUUUGUGGAUCGCAAGGAGGAAACAUCAAGGACGAUGUUCUUGCAUUGGUAGUACGAGGCUCCCAAGUGUAUAGUGCAUCUGCGGAUGGCGUCGUCAAGCAAUGGAAUCGAAGCUUUGAGCCAUUGCAGACAUGGAACGAUCACAGCGGCAGUGUGCUCUCAUUAACCAGCACCCAGGACUAUCUCAUCAGCGGAGGCAGCGACAAGUUGAUCAAGCUGUGGGCAAUUGCUAAGGGUAACCCUCAGCCUGAAUCAGUUGACUCUGCUGCAGAAGAUGUGAUGCUGUAUGCGCUGGAAAAGUGGAUUUCGAUGCCGACGGUUUCUGGAGUACCAGCUCAGUUGGAAGAAUGUCGUCGUGGAGCAAAGUUCUUGAAGGCCGUGCUGCAACAGCUGGGUGCAGAGUCACGGUUGAUUCCAGGAGCUCCAGGACACAACCCGUUGGUGUAUGGACAGUUCAGUGCUCGCGCCGACAACCCAGACAAACAGGGACGUCCCUUAAACGUCCUCGUCUAUGGACACUACGAUGUCAUCGCUGCAGACAUCAAGAAGUGGGACCACCCACCAUUCAAGCUAACCGGCAAGGAUGGCUACUUGUAUGGAAGAGGAGCAUCGGAUAACAAAGGACCAAUUCUUGCUUGCAUUUUCGCAGCAAGUGAAUUGCAGGAGCAGCAACAACUGGAUGUUAACGUCAAGUUUUUGAUCGAAGGCGAGGAAGAGAAUGGAAGUGUUGGCUUUUUCCAAGCAGUAGAGCAGAACAUCAAGCUGUUUGAGGAGGCUGAUGUUAUUCUUCUCAGUAACUCAUACUGGUUGGGCGAGGAUAUCCCCUGCUUGACAUAUGGACUCCGCGGAGUCAUUCACUCGACAUUGACAAUCAACAGCAAGAACGUCGACUUGCACUCUGGUGUCGAUGGAGGAGCUGUGUCUGAGCCAUUGAUUGACAUGGUCAAGGUCCUCUCUGAGCUCGUCAACCCUGACAGGACUGCCAAGAUCCCAGGAUUCUAUGAUUGCAUUCGGCCAUUGACGUCGCAUGAGGACGCUCUGUAUGACCCUAUUGUCGAAGACAUGUUCAACAACCCUUCAGGACAGAGACACUGGGACCCCUUGGCAACGGGUGUGACAAAAGAAGAGUUGAAGAAGAAGCUGAUGGCACGUUGGAGAAACCCCUCGUUGACGAUUCACCAGGUCGACGUCUCUGGACCCAAGAACAGGACUGUCAUCCCUCGGUCGGCCAAGGCUUCUGUCAGUAUGCGUAUUGUCCCAGAUCAAGAAGUUACCGACAUUACAAAGUCGUUUGAGGAGCACGUCCGCAACGUUUUUGGUCAGCUUGAUACUGAGAACGAGAUUGAGAUCGAUAUCAAGGUGGUUGCAGAUUGGUGGUUGGGUGACACGGAGGACAGGUUUUUUAUGGCUGCCGAGUCGGCUAUUGAGCAGGAAUGGGGACAAAAGCCUUUGUACAUUCGUGAGGGAGGAUCCGUCCCCGCUAUCCGUUGGUUGGAGAAGCGCCUGAAAGCUACCGCGGUUCACAUCCCCAUGGGCCAGUCUUCUGACCAAGCGCAUUUGAACAACGAGAGGAUUCGACUCCAGAACCUGAACUCUGGUAAGAGAGUGAUCAAGGCUUUCCUGAAGGGCCUUCGUACCCUGGAGACUGCCUAA